AUGGUUGAGAGCCCAGCCCUGCCGGGGCACGAGCGCUCACAGUCGACCGCGUCGCUCUCGCGCUAUUAUCACGGCCAGAAUGGCGAGGCCCAAGAAGUCGACCUCACCGACCCCUCGCUAGACUUCUGCAAUGCGUUCUGGGGACAGGGUGACCGCGGUUAUGAGGUCAUCAUGACCCGUCUCCGUGGCGCUGCGAAGACGGUCGAGGAGCUCAAGGCGUUCUGGAAAGAGCGCGCAUCAAUCGAGGAGGAGUACGCGAAGCGCCUGACCAAGCUUGCCAAGAUGCCACUAGGGAACAAUGAGAUUGGCGACUUGGCCCACGCCUUGCAAACUGUCCAGCUGGAGACGGCGGCCCAAGCGUCCUUCCACCUCCAGAUGAGCUCGGAGAUUCACACGGCAGUCGAGCAGCCGACCGUCCAGUUUGCCAACCGUCUCGCCAGCCUGAAGAAGGGCCAGCAAUCGAGUAUUGAGAAAGCGUGGCGCAACAAGGGCCUCCAGGAGGUCCAUGUUGCAAAGGCACGUGAGCGGUAUGAGAAGGACUGUCUCAAGCUCAACUCGUACACGGCCAACAUGCAGCUCGUGCAAGGCCGUGAGCGCGACGACCUUGAGAGCAAGAUGGAGAAGGUUCGCAGAAGCAUCCAAAGCGGAGAACAGGACUUCCGCAACUUUGUCAGAGUCCUCGAGGACACGAGCGCAAAGUGGGAGAACGAGUGGCGCAGCUUCUGUGACGUCGUACAGGACCUCGAGGAAGACAGGCUGAGUUUGACCAAGGACGUUGUAUGGUCGUACGCCAACUCUGUGUCGCAGGUGUGCGUCGAGGAUGACAGCUCAUGUGAGCGCAUCCGCGAGAAGCUCGAGCAGUUCGAGCCACCCAACGACGUGGUCUUCUUUGUCAAGGGCUGGGGAACGGGCAGCCAGAUCCAAGACCCGCCUCACUUUAUUAACUAUGGCAUCGGCGAGUACCCGACGCAGCCGGGCUUCCACCAUGCGCAGUUCCGUCGCCAGUCGGAACGGCCGCCACUCCAGCCUGUGCCAAAACAUGUGCCCGAGUCCGAGCCCGAGCCCGAGUCAGCCGUGAGUGCGGAGCCUCCCGCUGCAGCCCCAGUUUCGGUUGUCGAGACGGUCGCACGCUCCCCUGCCACGGGCCCGGUCCCAGCUCUUCCGCCUGCGCACGAGGAGCGUGCAGUUCCACCUGCCGAGAAACAGAAUGAGUACUUCCCAGAACUUCCUCCCAUCCCUCCCGGCAAGGACGCGUCUUUGACCGACGCCACGCGGGGACUCCAGUUGUCUGACCACGCCGCGCCUCCCGCCGCGUCUACUGGUUACAAACCGCCCUUUGGCAUGCCUCUUCCUGACAUGGCCGCGGUUGGCGGAGCAGCGGCUGGUGCCACAGCUGCUGCGGGCGCGUCCGCGUUUGUGAAGUCGGGCAGCGACGUGCAGUCUACUACAUCACCGCCUGCAUGGGGUUCGAACCAGGCUGGCCCCCCUAGCCCGAGCGCACGUGACGUUCAGGACCAGGAGGACCCGAUGGCGCGCGCGUUGGCCGAGCUGCGCCAGAACCCACCAGGGCCGAACACCGUUCGCCGCGCGCCUUCGCAGCGUCGCACCGAGUCGAUCUACUCGACUACCGGUCGCCCUUCCAGCGGCGUUGCAGGUAGCAGCGUAUCGCAGCACCAGCGGGCUCCCUCGCCGGCACCAAGCAACCACGCGGGCCAGCAGUCGUACCCGUCCCGGCCUGUUGGCAUGCUGGGCGACAUGGGUGGCUCUGGUCUCAUCCCACCCAAGGAGGGCCACACGGCUGCUCAGCUCGCCAAGUCGAUGGCCGAGUUUGAGAACCGCUCGCAGUACCGCAGCAGCGUAAACUACAACAACUUUGCCGACGACGUGGUUGGUCAGCACCCGACCUCGCGGCCCACCUCGCCUGCCCCGAAUCGUACCCCGUCUCCUGCGAUGAUGCAGGCCCCGACCCAGCCCCCAACGCACAUUGCCGACAAUGUGCUCCCGCGUUACGGACAGGCCUUCCCGGGUGAGCGCUCGCGUUCCCGUCCGGCUUCGGUGUACUCUUCGAACUCGCGCGCCAACUCUGUCGUCGGGGUUCCUCCGCCCGGCCCGCAGCACCAGGACACGGCCCCUCGCGCGGCGUAUGCCGGCAUUGGUGCUGGCAAUGCCGCGCGCAGCCCGUCGCCGCGUCCUCACAGCUUCCGUGCUCCCUCGCCCGGCCCAGCUCCCGACCAGCACGGCGCGUUAGGCCCUCCCAACCUCGGCAUCGCCCUCGACGCUAGCGGCGGUGUUGCCCAGGACUCGAUGGCGGAGCAGUACCGCCAGCAGUACCAGCAGCAACAGAGAAUCCAGCAACAGCAAUCGCCGCAGCUUCAACACCAGCACCCGCAGCAGCAGGACCAGCAGCAGUGGGGGCAGAGCCAGUUCGGCGCACCGCAGACGUCACCUCCGCUCGACCAUGCAUAUGCGCCUCGGGCGUCUGGGUCGUUCAGCCAGGUACCGCCUUCGCAAAGCACCGGCUCGCUGUCCCAGCAGAUGUACCCUGCUCAACCCCAGCUACAGCCCCAUCAGCAGCAGCAGCAGCCUCAGGAGGCACAGGCGUACGGACAGCAACACCAGCAGCAGUAUGGCCGGCAGCCGCCGUACCAGCGGCAGUCGUACUCAUCGUCGGCAGCAUACCCGUACGGCCACCAGCAGCAACAGCCCCAGCAGCAACAGCCCCAGCAGCAACAGCCCCAGCAGCCGCCCCAGCAACAACAGCAACCCCAGCAGCACCAUUAUGAGGUUCCGAACGGUUAUAGCCCGCACUACCGUGUGCCCUCGCCCCAGCCGCAGCAGUACCGUGCUCCUUCGCCUCAGCCGCAACAGCAACAGCCGCAGCACCAGCACCCGCAGAUGUACCCCGCAGUGCCCGCCCAGCCGCAGUUCCAGGUCACGCAGCAGCAGAUGCAGCAAGCGCCCCAGGGCACCCCAAGCCCGAUUCCUGCACAGCCUCCAUCAAACCCAGCGCCAACGGGACAGUGGGCGACCGACGGCCGGCCUGUCCUCUUCUACGUUCGUGCCUUAUUCUCGUACCAGGCCCAGAGCCCUGUCGAGUUCGACUUCCAAGCGGACGACAUCAUCGCCGUCACCAGCACGCCCGAUGACGGGUGGUGGUCUGGUGAGCUUCUCGACGAGUCGCGCCGCCAGCCGGGCCGUACCGACUUCCCGUCCAACUUCGCCGAGCUGUUCUGA